GGGCGGGGCUACGUACACAGCUGUGUCGCGUAGGAGUGGUUAGCAUCGGUUGCCAUGGUGGACAUGUCUCCUUAGCGACGUCGUUUUAAGUCCAUAGAACUUCAGUAUUCUUUCAUUACGAUUAUCAUGGCAGAGACAGCUGACAACAAGAAAGAUGAAGCAGACUUCAAGAGACUGCACAGCUUCCCUCUCAUACGGCACACAGACAUGUCUGAAGAGAUGAGAGUGGAGACCAUGGAGCUCUGUGUUACAGCCUGUGAGAAGUUUGCCUCUAAUAAUGAGAGUGCUGCUAAAAUGAUAAAAGAGUCGAUGGAUAAGAAGUUUGGAAGCUCUUGGCACGUGGUGAUCGGUGAGGGCUUUGGUUUUGAAAUUACCCACGAAAUGAAGAACCUGCUUUACAUGUUCUUCGGGGGAAGUUUGGCGGUGUGCGUGUGGAAGUGUUCGUAACCCACAGCAACUCAUGAAUGCAUAAAGACUUUUACAGAGCAAAAACUAGUUACAAAAUCAAAUCUCAAGGUUGCAUGUGUGUGUGCUUGUCUGUAAAUUCAAUGAUGAACGGGGUUUAUCAUUUCUUACAGUUUAUUUAAAAAUGUACCAUUUCAUGUUCUCACCCUUUAAUUGUCAAUCUCUGUCCUUCUUUCUUAAUCUUUCUAUUUCUCACCCCAUCUUUCUUUUUUAUCUGUCCAUACUUAUCUCCACCAUGAACCAUUUUUUCCCUGAUUGAUAAUGUAUUUUUAUAAGACAAAUAGCAUAUUUUAAUAAAUAUGUGAAUAAUCUGUUUUUAAAUUUAAAAUAUUUAUAGGCUUUGGUUGAAAAUUUUGUACAGCUAUAAUGCUAUUUGUUAUUUGUAUUUGAUUUACUGAAUGACUAUUAUGUCAUUGUCUUGUGUAAUAAACCCGGUUACCCCUUUUUGUCAUCUUGUUUGCUCUUUGCAUUUUAACAUUAAGCUAUUUUCACUGCUAUAUUGUUCAAUGAUAACAGUAGUAAGAUUGUGUGGUAAGCAGUGGUCGAAGCUGCCUAAAACAUCCUUUGCCUGGCAAGUUAAUAGUUUUAAUAUAAUAUACUGAUGGGAAAUACUGUAUAUUAAGAAGUAAAGAGGGUUAGAGAGCAGUCAGUGCAUGUGUUUGCAAAGAGACACGUUUUAUUGACACAUUAUUACACAAGCGAGGGUAGAAAUCUCAGAGCAUCUGUUUACUCACACA